AGGCAGCACAAGGGCUCGGAUUCGGCGCGCUUGCCUCGGGCCCUCCCCCGCCCAUCCCUUUCUGGCCUUACGUCUGUCCGCUGGGGGCGCGCUCUGUGCCGGGCAGAAAGCGGCAGAGCGUGGGUCGCGUGGCGGAGCUUGGUUGCUAGGGACACCUGAGGUCGCCCGCUCGCCCAGCAGGCGCCGCGAGGAAGCGGCGCGGAGCCGGCGUCCAGCGGAGGUGAAGCAGGGUAUCCUAGAAUACUGCAACAGUGAGGCCCAGCAUUGAAAGUGAUUAAUUGCUGAGCCCUGGAUGUGAUGAACUGCUGACUAGCGCUAGGCAGGCGCUCCUGUGAGGUGGUGGCUGCUAAUGCAGCGUGGUUGGGAAGAGGAAGAGUGCCCUGGAGACUCAGGAAACUUCACACAAGUUAACAGAUUCAAGGAUGCAGCUGGUGCUAGAGGUGUGUGGCACCGUAUCUGAGCCAGGCCAUGAGGCCAUGUUGCCAUGAUGUGGGCCCCUCAUGGCCUCAGCAGGAACAGAGCACUACAGUAUCGGCCUGCGCCGAGGAAACAGCUUCAAGCAGAGACAUCCCUCAGGCACAGUGUCUGCUUCACCAUCUGAGAAACCCUCGGAGGUCAAAGUCUGGUCUCAGGCUCAUCAGCAGGUGAAGCCAAUCUGGAAACUGGAAAGGAAGCACGUAGGCACACUGUCAGCAGGGCUGGGCACCAGUCUCUUGGGAGUCCCAUCCCAGCCAGCCUAUUUUUUUUGCCCUAGCACUUUAUGUAGCUCUGGGACCACAGCUGUCAUUGCAGGCCACAGCAAUCCCUGUUGCUUGCAAUCUCUCCCUGACUUGUUCAGCAAUACUCUGCUGUACCGCCGCACCAACGUGAGGCAAAAACCAUACCAGCAACUGGAAUCUUUCUGCUUGCGUUCCAGCCCAUCAGAGAAAAGAUCUUUUUCUCUCCCACAGAAGGGUCUCCCUGUCAGUGUCACUGCCAAUAAAGCCACAUCUUCUACAGUCUUCCCCAUGGCCCAGCCCAUGGCAUCUUCACCCACUGAUCCAUACCUCUCACUGGCAGCAGCUGGAGAAAAUCCUUCAAGGAAGAGCCUGUCCUCUGCCAUCUCAGGGAAGAUUGCAUCUCCACUGUCCUCCUACAAGCCUAUGCUGAACAACAACUCCUUCAUGAGGCCAAAUAGCACUAAAGUGCCCUUAUCACAAGCCACAGAUAGCCUGAAGCCAGUAUCCUCACCCAAGAUCCAGCCUGUCUCAUGGCAUCAUUCAGGGGGUACUGGAGACUGUGUGCCCCAACCUGGUGACCAUAAGGUGCCCCAAAACAUUCCUACUGUCUUAGAUGAUGUCACUACCCCUAUCACCCCAUCUACCCCUAGUACCCUCAACAUAUCCACAGCCAGUGUUACCUCUUCCCAGUGCAGUCAGAAUAACUUUAGGAUGGAGGCACAUCCUUGUGGCCUGGAUGAAAACUCGGAUUCCCAGAGUGCUACUAAAGAGGUGCACUUCACUGAAGCUGUGAGGAAGUUGGCUGCAAAAGGCUUGGAGAAGAUGCCACGGCAAGGCUACCAGUUUGAACAGGCUUGUUUUGUGAACCCCAGCUUCCAGUGGGGUCUUCUCAACAGAAGCAGGCGGUGGAAACCUCUGAUGGGCCAGCGGUUUCCUCAGGAGGAUAUUGGAUUAGACAGUGGGAUCCUUCCUGGUGCUUCAGACACCUUGGGGUUGGACAGUACAGUCUUUUGUACCAAAAGGAUCAGCAUUCACCUCCUUGCCUCACAUGUUCAUGGGCUCAAUCCUAGCCCUACCUGUGGGUCUGUAGUUGACCCCCAAUUACUUGGAGAAGACAGAGCUCCUGUUCCCCCUUCUUCCCUCCAGCCUCUUGGUGUAGCUGAAGUGGCCACUCGUCUUUCUUCUGUUCAUCUUGGCCAGCCUGGGAAGGAGCCUGAGGAAGCCAAGGACCUGAACUCUUGUACUAAGGGUGAUUGUUCAGCUACUGACCUCCGGCCAAACCAGGUGGAGCAUGAAGAUACAGAAGAUGAACUGGGAGAUGGUUUGGAAGAUAGCUGCAGCCAUGAUGAGAAUGAAGAAGAGGAAGGAGACUCAGAGUGCUCUUCUUUAAGUGCUGUCUCCCCCAGCGAGUCAGUGGCAUUAAUAUCUCGGAACUGUGUGGAUUUGAUGUCCAAAUCUCUUUCCAAUCAUGAGAAAGUUGUACGGCCAGCCCUCAUCUACAGUCUCUUCCCCAAUGUAACCCCUACCAUCUAUUUUGGGACUCGGGAUGAAAGAGUGGAGAAACUUCCUUGGGAACAGAGGAGGCUACUUCGGUGGAAGAUGAGCACAGUGACCCCCAACAUUGUCAAGCAGACCAUUGGACGGUCGCACUUCAAAAUCAGCAAGAGAAAUGAUGACUGGCUGGGCUGCUGGGGUCACCACAUGAAGUCUCCUGGUUUUCGAUCCAUUAGAGAGCAUCAGAAGCUAAACCACUUCCCAGGCUCCUUCCAGAUUGGGAGGAAGGACCGGCUGUGGCGGAACCUGUCUCGCAUGCAAAGCCGUUUUGGCAAGAAGGAGUUCAGUUUCUUUCCUCAGUCCUUUAUCCUGCCCCAGGAUUCCAAGCUCUUGCGAAAAGCCUGGGAGAGCAGCAGCCGCCAAAAGUGGAUUGUGAAGCCACCAGCAUCUGCCCGAGGCAUUGGCAUUCAGGUCAUUCACAAAUGGAGUCAGCUCCCCAAGCGCAGGCCCCUUCUGGUACAGAGGUAUCUACACAAACCCUACCUCAUUAGUGGCAGCAAAUUUGAUCUUCGGAUCUAUGUUUACGUGACUUCUUAUGAUCCUCUACGGAUUUACCUCUUUUCGGAUGGACUCGUCCGCUUUGCCAGUUGCAAGUAUUCCCCUUCCAUGAAGAGUCUUAGCAACAAGUUCAUGCAUCUGACCAACUACAGUGUCAAUAAAAAGAACGCAGAAUACCAGGCCAAUGCUGAUGAGACCGCAUGCCAAGGCCACAAAUGGGCAUUGAAGGCUUUGUGGAACUAUCUGAGCCAGAAAGGAAUUAAUAGUGAUGCCAUCUGGGAGAAGAUAAAGGAUGUUGUAGUCAAAACCAUUAUCUCGUCAGAGCCCUAUGUGACUAACCUACUGAAGUUAUAUGUGCGGCGCCCCUAUAGCUGUCAUGAACUCUUUGGUUUUGACAUCAUGCUGGAUGAGAACCUGAAGCCCUGGGUCCUAGAAGUCAACAUUUCCCCAAGCCUCCAUUCCAACUCUCCCCUGGACAUCAGCAUCAAAGGCCAGAUGAUACGAGAUCUUCUGAACCUGGCAGGCUUUGUUCUGCCCAACAUGGAGGAUAUCAUCUCUAGUUCCAGCAGUCCCAGCAGCUCCAGCGGCUCCAGCACCAGCCUGCCAAGCUCUCCUAGAGACAAAUGUCAAAUGACUCCAGAACACUUCACUGCACAGAAGAUGAAGAAAGCCUAUUACCUGACCCAGAAAAUUCCUGACCAGGAGUUCUAUGCAUCUGUGCUGGAUGUCUUGACACCAGAUGAUGUUCGGGUUUUGGUGGAGAUGGAAGACGAGUUUUCUCGUCGUGGUCAAUUUGAAAGAAUUUUUCCUUCCCGAAUCUCUUCUCGCUAUCUCCGGUUUUUUGAGCAGCCACGAUAUUUCAACAUUCUCACCACCCAGUGGGAACAGAAGUACCAUGGAAACAAGCUCAAAGGAGUAGAUCUGCUGCGGAAUUGGUGCUACAAAGGCUUCCACACGGGGAUCGUCUCUGACUCAGCCCCUCUGUGGUCUCUGCCAACAUCGCUCAUGUCUGCCUCAAAGGGUGAUGGGACACCGAAUUCUGUCAGCAGAUCAGAGCACAGCAAGUCAAGAAAGAAGAGCUGCUCUGAGGGAAACAUGCUGUCCUCUGAUGAUGGGUCAACACCCAAGCCCAAGAAGAGUCAAGCUGGCCUGUCCCCCAUAUCCAGGAAGACUUUAUCCUCAAAGAGCAAUGAGAACACCAGCAAACAGUCCAAGCGCUCUACCCAGGGGUUACCUGUCCUCAAGUACUCUGGGCAGAGUUCCAGACUUUCUGCUUCUUCUGCUUCCCAGUCAGUUGCUGACUCCCGCCUGACUACUGUGAGCCCAUGACUGGUCCUGCACAGGAGCACUCAGCUACCUCAAGGGAACCAGCCUGCUGACCAGCCUGAGCCUCUACCCCGCCUCCACUUUGCCCCUCAUCAGAGUAUUUUUGAAGUGGUUCUAUUGUAGAUAUGGGCAUCUGGAGGGCUGGAGGGGUGGUGGUGAUGGGGAGAAGGUGAGGAAGGUUCACCCUCUGUCACCUUACUGCCUGGCUGGCACCUCAUAUCUCAGUAGAGAAGCCAGUGACAGCCAAGCAGCCUUAUAAAGCAGGGUUUGGUUUCUACACUGAGAGCCAUGUGUGAUUUAUUUGAGGCCCUGGUAAAGGGUUUGAGUUGUAACUUAAGAGGAGAAAACAGCCAAACACAAAAGUCUCUUGUUCUAUAACUGAGAGGAAUUCUUGAAGGUUCUGAUUUCCUUAGGACCUCUGUCCCCUACUUAUCCUUGUCUUGAAGAGACAGUUUUAGAAACCUUCAGACUUCUUCAAAGACGAGCAGGAGAAACCAUGGCAGGCUAUAGCCCUUUCCUGGCCUCCUGGUCUUGGGGUGACUUCCAUAGCAUAUCUCCAUUUAAGCUUCCACCUAGUGAGUAGCUCCCCAUCUUCUGUGAGUCUCCAGGGCUCCAGUGAAGGGUCCUGAUCAUUUUAGAUGCUGCUGUGUAGAGGAAGGUGGAAUGAGCUGUUUUCCUCAGUGUGGGGAGCUCUGUAGUCUCUUUGCUUUGAGCAGGGUUUGGUGCCUUGGUGGGCACAUUUCAGCAUAGUCACUCUUAUAGGACAGGCUUCUCUGACAGUUAAUAUUCAGCUGUAUCUACCUCCAGCCUGGACUCAGUCCACGCUGAGCACUGAAUAAACACUGACUGAGUGAACUCUGCAUACAGAUUUCCAAGGUCACUGGCCUCUGAAGCACUACUGUUCUCCCCAGUGUGGGGAAGGAACCCAAGGAGGCCAAGAUGGGACAGUUUGGAUUGGAAGAGGUUUCACUAUAACCAUGGUCCUCCUUAGCCUAAUGUUUCCCAGCACUCACCUCCCUGGGACCUGUAGUCUCUAGUUUUCUCAGCAGAGGGGCAUACAAGAAGCCAAUUGGCCUUGUAUCUGAUAAGCAAGACUUGCCCUUUGUACACCAAGCUGGCCAUCUCUGCUUUCCUUGUCCUCAUUCUUCUGAGUUUUGGAAAGAGGAAGACUUCUUUCCACUGGCUCCUGGAGUCCUUGGCCAGUUGGCAUGGAGCCCGAUAAGAGAAACCCAGCUGAGUUCAAGGCCACAGAGUAGGUGAACUUGACGGUCAGUCCUAAUGCUGUGUUGACAGUUGUGAAGAAAGCUAGAUAACAAAGUCCUUGGCAGUGCUUCCUGCUCAAUGAUAAAGGCUUCAAAGUCAGACCAUAGUGAGAGAGUCCAAGCCGUUCUGGAAAAUCUGUUCUGAUAUCAACAGCCAACACCCUUAGCCUGGUUAUAGUAUCCUAGUGCACAUGUGACAAAGGGGCCUGUUUUAGCUGAUGUACUCCUCAAAAGUAGACUCUUAAUUCCUCAGCCUGCCCUCUGAGAGUCUCCAUCAUAGUCAGUUUCCAACUCUUCAGCUGUAGAGAAAGUCCAGCACUGACCAGCACAGUAGCUGCCUGGAGUCCACCAGAGGGAGGGCCCUGGGGAUCCCCUGAGGAGACAGCAGUACACUGGCAGUUCUGUUUUGUGUUCUGGGGUGACCCAGCCUUGCCUGGGACUUGUAAUCUUUGCCUCAAAAAUGCCAGAUUGUCUGGGUGUUGUGCUCAGCUGAAUACGCAGUGUUCGGUCUCUGUUACAUUUGAAGGCUGGUAGAUCUGUUAUGCUAGUGGGAGAAAAGAUAGGGCUUGUAUAUCACAUUUCAUUUUCAGGAGUGUGAAAUCUAAGUUACUUCACAUGCAUGUUUUAGCACUGGCUUGUCAACAAACAAUAGUAUUCAGCUGAAUGAAGAAUUUUUUUAAGUAAUAGCUUUUGAAAGUUUUAAAUUUGUAAGUGUACUGGAAUGCACAUUUAUCAGUGUUGAUUUCCCCAAGUUGGUAAGUUACCCAGCCUCUGGAGGAAGGGAGGCAAAGGCUUCUGAGACAAGGAAUGAAGCAGUCUUUUCCUGUGUAGUAGGAACACGAGACCUACCCUGCAGGGUUGUUUAGUAAGCUAGGCCAAAGGACUGGGGAGUGGAGUUUCCGGUUUGUUGGUUUAUUAUCCAAACAUUGUUCUGUGCAAGAAAUGUAAAACAAUCUUUCCUUGAAACUG